AUGCCCACCAUGCCCAACCAGGGCCGGCGCUCGCGCUCCACCACCUCGGCCAGUACUAAAGCAAGUCAACGCCCGCUCAGCCGUGCUUCGACCACCAGCCUGCAGUCCCAAACCACCCAGGAUCAGCAUAGCAACGACUUCCAGCAGCCGUAUCCCCAGCACGCUAUUGCCCAGCCUCAGCAACACAUGGGGCACCAAGCGCAAUCGCAUAUGCAGUAUGCUCCCGUCGACCAGAGCCUGCUGCAGGCCGCCCACUCCCUCGGCCACCAGGACAACAUGAUGAUGCUGCAGUACCAGCAGCAUGCCGCGCCGCAGAUGAUCCCCCAGCAUUCCCAGGAAACCUACGCCCACCCGCCGCCGAACCCGUACAUGCAUCUGCAGCAGCAAGCUUCCGACUAUGGCAACAGCAACCCGGCUGCUGCUGCCAGCGGCGCCGAGACCGACGACAAGAAGAAAAAGGGCGCCUCGGCCAGUGCCACCAACGACAAAGAGCUACGGGAGAUGCUCACUCGCGCGGACGGCAGGUCGCUGAAGGAGGUGGCAGAAGAGGUGCUCCGCACCGAGCGUACUUCCCGCGCCGAGAAAUCAAAACAGUUGUUUGCAAUGUUAUGGCUGAGACAAACAUGUAAGCAUGCGAAGACGUCAGUACCCAGGAAUCGUGUUUAUUCGCAAUACGCCGACCGCUGUGCAACGGAACGUGUUCAACCGCUCAACCCUGCCUCGUUCGGAAAGCUUGUGAGGGUCAUCUUCCCCGGCAUUGCUACCAGACGCUUGGGGGUUCGCGGCGAGUCCAAGUACCAUUAUGUCGACCUGGCUCUUGUGGAUGACCCGGUCGACGGCCAUGAGGUCGAGCGCGCAGGCAGUGCUCACAGCCAGGACUUUAGCCAUACCCGCCAGGGCUCUACGCACCUUUCUAUUGAUUUCAAUAACAUGCCAAGGCUACCGGCAGACACUGCCGUCUUCCCAGCUCAAGAGCAACCUACCGAGCCGCAACAGAAGUCCACGGAGACAGGGAGGCCGUCGUUUGGCCGCGCGUUUGCUGAACCUUACGUUCCUGGUUAUGGUAGCGCGAGGCAAACGUCAUCCACGUACGAGCAGCAACUCAAGUUCCCCCCGCCGGAUCAAGAAUCUUUCCAAGAGAACGACUCUAUUGAGCUCCCUAACAUUCACGACUACGUACCGCCUAAAACAGACAUUGAUGCUGCAAACGCGUUAACAGCUUUGUAUCGUACUCAUUGCACCUCCCUUGUGGAUUGCAUUCGCUUCUGCAAGGAGAAGCAAUUCUUCCGUUUGUUCACCUCGUUCCACGGCACGCUCACUGUGCCUGUUCAAAAGUUACUGGCGCACCCUUCCAUGGCAAUCUGGAUAAGAGAGUGUGAUUGGUUGAUGUACCAAAAGAUGAUCCGUUUUGUCUCGAGGCUUACUUUGCAAGUAACACCGCCCGUCGUUUUGAACUUUCUGAACAACAUCUCUCGGGAGUUGCAUAAGCACAUCAGCAAGACUUUCCAGGGACAUCCACUUCACGUUCUUGAGGCAAGGCUAGAGCCGGCGACCCUUUUUGCACAGUUGCUUCACCGUAUGCUUCGCGCAAACCAGGCAGCCCACGCUGCUGCCGCUCUGUUGAUGAUCGACCAAAAUCGGAAUCAGAUGUGGAUGGAUUGGGUCACCUAUGUCAACCCGAAACGAGUCAUGGAAAGCGAGUUGCCGAACUGCGGCUACGAGGAGACGUACAAGAUCCUCACCCAAGAUGUCCGGAGUCUGCUAUUGCCUCUUUCGACGCCUGUGUGGUUGGAAAACGGCACGCAUUACCAAGAGGCAGCGCUUCAGGCCGCACGGCAGCACGGCGAUUCCCCCAUCACAAAUGAAACGGUUAUUGAUCGACUGGCCAACUUCCUCUCCAACCUCGGCACCCGCUUCCCUAACGCCGAUGCUCGGACACUCCUCCACUGCAUUAGUGCCGUGGGUACUGCAGCUUGCCGGGAGAUUACGGUGGAGAACGGAGCUAGCUUCUCUCCUUGGUGGAUCACCAAAGUGUUUGUUGACGAGCUAAGUCUUUGGCUCGCAUCGUUGGGUGGGUUUCUGGCGCAUCGGGCGCCUGAGCGCAAGCGCAUGUCGUCUCAACUGUCACCGAUGGAGGGAUCGAUGGAAAACAGGGCGGAGAACGGAGGGGCUGUUCGCGGCAAUAGUCAGGAUGAGAGUCGGUUCAACAGUCUCGCGGCAGACUUUUCGGUGGAUACGAGCUUCAUGAGCUCGCAGGUCAAGGACGAGUCCGGUAAUGACAUGAAUGCCCGAAACGCUCAAGAGUCCUUCAACCAAAACAAAUUCCAGUCAUUCGGCAUGGACUUUGAAAACCAAGACCUCGAUGACAGCGGCAUCGGCAUGUCAUUGAUGGACGACAACAUCGGCACGUCGAAAGGCUACAUUGGCGCAGACGCGAGCAAUAACUUCACUCAUGGCGGAAUGAACGUCCGUUGA